GGGAAGGCUGCUCUGCCCUCAUCCAAAAUGGCCGCUGGCGCAGCCCGUCCUCCCUGAGGCGGGCGGCGCGCCGGCACGCCCCAGCGGCCGCUCUGCCCGGGCUCUGCGGGGCCACCCUUUUCAGAGCGCGGCCGUCGGGUGUGCUGCCGCGCCCCGCAGGUUGCAGACAGAAGAUGGCUUUGUAGGUGUAGAGAUAUUUUCCGAUAUAUUGAGAGCGACUCACAGGAGCCAGUUGAAAAUUAAAAUUUGAUGCGUGACAUCCGGAGGAAAUGGGCUGUGUCUUAUGCUGAGGUUUCAUGAGUCAGACUGGGCUGUUGGGAGUUUCUUCUGAAGAUGUACAUGUUAGUUGAAAACCGCACGAGUUCCCAUCUUCAUCUGAAGAGGUCACCUGGCAUCCGAUCCUGGUCUCUCUUUGUUGGAAUAGCCUCCAUAGGUUUGGCUGCUGCUUAUUAUAGUGCAGACAGCUUGGCAUGGAAGCUCUUCUAUAUGGCUGGGUGUUUCUUUGUGGCAGCACAGAAUCUGGAGCAGUGGGAGGAAGCUGUAUUUGAUAAGAACAAGGGAACAGUCUGCCUAAAAACAUUCAAUCUUUACAAAAAAAUACUGACCUUCUCAAAAGGAGGCAAUGAACAAGUGGCUCUACUGAAUGAGAUCCGAGAUGUGAAUGUGGAAGAGGAGACUGUUCGAUAUUUUGGGAAGGGUUACCUGGUUGUGCUACGGUUUGUCACUGGAUUUUCACACCCACUGACUCAGAGCGCAGUGCUGGGCUGUAGAAGCGAUGUGGAAGCAGUUGCCAAACUCAUUACUAGUUUUCUGGAACUGGACAGAGUAGAGAGCCAACAAGAUUUCUCUCAGAGCAGUGAAACAGAGGCUAGUGACGCAGAUGAACCACAGGAUAAAUACUAAUAGUCGUCAUGAGCUGAAGAAAGCAGAGGCUUUCAGACGUCUGGAAAAUACACCGAUUGUUCUUCAGAAAAAGAAAUCCCUCACAAUCGUGGCCUGAGCAUUUCUCUACGAUGUGCAUUUACUAUGGAAGGAAUCUGUCUUGAGGCACCUUUAUAGUGCUAAACUGCUUCAAGACCCAUGCCCCCAGUAGUGCCUUUGUAGAGUUGUAUUUGCUCCUUUGCCUUAGUUCCUGCAUGUGGGCACUGCUGGCUUUUGAACUUUGUCAGCUCAUCAGACUUGUCUAGGAACAGUUAUUUAUUAAUGAAUUGGUUUGAAAUAAUUUUGUGCUUUCCCAUUUAUGGAGAUACAGAUGUAAACUUUCACUUACUGCAAACAUCUGCUGCAGGUACAGUAUAUGAAAUGAAGAGCUGAAUUUGUAACACAUAACACAACGCUUUGAGGUUUGUCUUGAAAUCUUAUAAGUGACUGAAUAUAUCGCUGAAUUGGUUUUAAGCAGCUUAAUAUAUACAAUUAGGUGAUGCAGAAUAGUAGCACUUUUAUAUUCUCUACUACUGACUUUCCUUUAGGUACCAGUGGAAACUAAAGUUUGAGUGACUGUCUUGGAAUUGCAAACAUCAGGCUGAUAAACUUGUUACAGUGUCUUACUUCUCUUGGACUUGCCAAGAGCCAUAAAUAGUAAACAAAAAUGAUGAUGUUGAUUCAGCAUCUUUGGGAUGUUCUACCUUAAUCCUUCCUGCUUAACUUCUGGUCACAGGCUACCCUAAGACAGAAUAACCUUUUUCUAGACCUCAACAUUUACUAUUUUAACUGUGUAUUUAGAAAGGAAGAAAAGCACGUCUGUUACUUUAGGUAGGGAAAAGACUGAUGUGAAACAAUGUGGUAGCCUACACUUGCUUAGUAUUUCCUCACUUGAAAUGAUACCGAAGUGCUAAAUAAUAACUUUUUUUUUAUAAGAUAGCUGGGAUAGAUCCAAUGUUUGACUUGUACCCGUGUUUUACUCCAGGGGUGUAGUGUCUUUUGUUCUGACCAGUGGUUUCACAAAUAGUUAAAAUAUGAAUUUUCCAAGGUAUUUUUUGACGUAAAAGCUACCUCUGUUAGGCAACAUGUUCUGUCUAGAACUAAAACUUCAUUUUGCCUAUAUCAACAGAUCAGUAUGAGGAAAAGGUUGUAAAGAGCUGAAAAUUCCUUCAGCAUGCUAAAACUGCUUGUAUUAAAGUUCACUAGGUUUUAUUUAGUAUUGUAUGGUCUUAAGAUCUGAAUUAGAAGUAACUGUGUAAAUAUUUUCUAGGAGAUCUGAACAGGGUACCAGGUAACUGUGUCUGCUUUCAUACUUGGCCAGCAGCAAAUGUCUUCUGGCAGCAGUUUCUUCUGGUCCUAAACGAACCUGUGUUCUUGUUUUGAAGCUCUCUACCUCUACAGAAGAGAAAGCUAUGAAAAGAUUUCAGCAGAAGCUAUGUCCUGUUCUGUGUUCCAGCUAUAUUUGAAACUAAGCACAUGCAUUUCUGACCAAAGAACAGGUUGUACCAAAAUUUUACUUGCAGCCGUUUAGACCUAGUAUGUGAGCUGUGAGACAAAGAUACUCUUACUGUCAGUUUGAAAGGGUAAUCAGACUGCAACAGGGAGACAGCUGUUGCUGCAGCUUGACUGCAGCACAGAAAUGGCUCUGUUUCUAUUCAAUAGGAAAAAGGAACUUGUAAUCGCAUCAGGUAUCAGAGCAGACCUCUGCCAGGAGACAUGCUUGUGGAGUGCUCUGAUUUGGUGGGCUAAUCACGUGGCUUACAGUCUCUACCCCACAUCACUGGAAUUGGGAUCCUGCUAGGUACAAAUGUGGGAAAACGAGAUUGCAGGCAAUUAGCUAAAUUUGCCUUUAUUCUGAAGCACAGCUGUAAGCUAAGAAUAAUCAUCAAACCUGUUAAAAAAAAAUUGCAGGGUGUAAAGCUUUGGGAGAGGUCUUCAUUUAAAUUGACUGUAACAUAUCCCCAGGUGACGCUUACUUUAGAGAGAGGAGAAUGAGAUUAGGAAUUUGGAGAACUUCCCCCCCCCCCCUUCAAUGUAAAAUGAGGAUGUCGAGUGUUCUAAGGACUUCCAUUAAGAAAUACAGAAAAAACUAGAGUAUUUAGUGGUAUAACAUAAGCAAAAGGGUGCAACCUGCAGAAUAACUGCUGCUUUGUAGCAAGGAUAUUCAGAGGGAGUACAUGGUAUGGAUAUACAUUGCACUUACAUUCCGAGCCCACAGAAUCUGACUGUGGAUGAAAUGGAGAAAACUACCUGCAUUCAACCUUAGCUGUGUUAGGUUUCUUUUGUAUUUCCAUGAGAACUAACGUUCCGUGGAAGAUACAAACCACGCUGUGGUUUUGCAGCUAAAAAUCCACUUUAGACAGGUGUGUCUAUUGAUCUAACCCUACACAGCGUCAUGUACCCUGCUUCUGCUGAGCUCUCUUGUGCAUCUAGCUUGCUGUGCAUCCUUGAUGUUAGGAAUGUAUAUACUUACGGACUAUGCAAUGGCAUUAUACAGAGUAAAACAGUGUAAGGAAAACUCGGAAUCCCUGGAAAGGGGAAUGACCAUAUAACAUAGCUUGACACACAUUCUGCGUGACACAUGGUGUUUUGAGUUGAUGUCCAAUGAUCAUCUCCUUAAAGGUGUUCUUAAGUGUUCGCUCCCACCUCAGGACCUACUGAUGGUCGGCAGGAGAGGGAUGGCUGCUGGCACGCACUGUGUGUCUGGGAGGAAGGUUUUGCCUCCUCAGCCUCUCACUUGGGACAGCUGGUGUAAUCCCCUCCUGUGCCAUUUCCAUUGCAUUUGGCGGCUCUGUCGCCAUACGAAUUAGCACAGUUUCAAAUGGGAACCCGAGUUCUGUAGGCUGAGCUAACGUGAAGGGGGAUGGGGUAAAUCCUUCAAAAGCCCUGUGCCGGGCACUGCUGGCUGGUACGCGUGGCUGGGUCCUUACUGCGGUACCUGCUGCACGGGUGGGGAUGCCUGCGCUUGGCAGCUGGGUGCUGUACUCGAGUGAGUGUGGCAGGCUGAUGUGUGCGUUUCUCUUGAUCCAAGUCCUGAGUUUCCCAUGUUAAAAAUUUUUUUGUCUUUUGUAGUUGGAGGACGUAGCCAGAUUUUCACAGCUGUAUGCAUGGAAAAUGUACGUGCGUGACACUGGCAGUGUCCGGGCUCCCCAGCGGUGCGAUGCAGUUUGAAGGAACUGCUCAGAACAGCAGGGGUGACCCUGGGACAGGUUCUGGUUCCCCCCCUUCCCGCUAGUCCUCUCCGAGCCUCUUCUCUUGCCACUUUCCACCAUUUUCCUGAAGGCAUUUUUGGAUGGUUUCCCUCACUUGGGCCUAGGAAAUGAAAAGGCCCAGCAAACACAGCCUUCUGUGUGCCUCAUGUAAAGUGGCUGGUACUAAAAGGAAUGAUGUGAAAGACUAGUUCUGGUUAGGAAAUUAGAUACUGCUGGAAGAGUAUUACAGGUGAUGGCUUUGUUCUUUUUGCAUCUCGAGCCAUCUAGUAACUUGAGCCUGGACUGCUGUAGUUUGUAUGACUUACAAAAAUGAUUUUUGGUAAUUUUGAUAUGCAAACCUGCAUAACAGACCUUCAGUUAGAUCUAGCGCCCUGCCCUGUAAAACCAACGCCUUCUUAUGAUGUCCCUCAAUACACAGGUGUGCUCAGUGCCGUGGGGCAGAUGUGUCAGCAGCACGUUUGAAGUUACAUGCACAUGUGCGGUUGGGUGGGAUCACGGCCGUAGCUGCCGUGCUGAACAAAAGCUGGACUGCAUGUUGUACCAAGGGAGAAAGUUGCGUUAUCUAAGCUAUAAUCUAAUAUUCUGGUAUUUCACAAAAUGAGUUAUUCAGUAACUAGGAUCAACUGUGCAGGAGUCAAAGAAAAUCAGAGUAUUUAUGCUAUAUAGCCGAGAUCUGACUCUUGUGUUGUAUUUAUGAAGUUACACGGAUACCAAAAACUGAGCUGGCUUACAUAGUAAAUAGAGUGCUAGUUCUGACACUGUAGUAGAUUGCAGAUAGGCAAAAAUACUUCUGGAAAAUGUUUAGAAAUUGCUUUUCUGCUUUAAAACUGUGAGUAGAAUUUCAGCAAGGCCUUGUUUAUUGUCUUUUUUUUUUUUUUUUUACAAACGUCCAUUGAUAAAAUUAACUUUGAUAACUUG